AUGAAGUUUGACGACAUUCUCCAUGUCCUCGGGGAGUUCGGCCCUUACCAGCGAAGAACCUACGCCCUAGUCUGUCUGUUCGCCAUACCUUGCUCAUGGACUACCCUCAUCCAAAUUUUCGCGAUGGGUCAGUCAGACCAUUGGUGUCAGGUGCCAUGGUGGAAUGACACAGUUUGCGAGGAGGAGUAUGGAGCACCGUGUGAUCUCAACACAAAGAAGAUGUUUAACAUUCCAUUAAUAAAUGCAAAUAAAAGUAGCACAGAGUUCCAAAAAUGUGCACGGUAUAACAUAUCUGACUACCCUAGUGUUUCGGUGGCUUCUAGUGCCACACCUGGAUACAACCCAUUGACCCACGAGUUUGGAAGAGAUACUGAUCAACCGGAUGUGAUACCUUGCGAUGCAGGCUGGGAGUAUGACCGAAGCCAAUAUACAAGGACCUUCGUCCAAGAGAUGGAUUUGGUGUGUGCUGACGCAAAGUAUGUCCAGUUUCCACAGUCUUUCUAUUACGGAGGUUACUUGGUUGGAAGCGCCUUAUUUGGUUCACUUGGAGACAGGUUUGGGAGACACAGAAUGAUCAUAUUCACACUCGUCAUUAAGAUCGCAUCUGGUUAUGGUCUUGUAUUGGCUCACAACUAUUGGGUUUUUGUCCUGAUGAGAUUCUGCGAAGGCAUGAGCCAAAUGGGAAUGUAUCUCCUCGCUUAUGUCCUAGGGACCGAGUUUGUGGGCAUUUCGAAACGCAGUAUUUCAGGCUUGUUCAUCAAUUUUCCAUAUGCUAUUGCAUACGUCCUGUUCGCUGGGAUAGCCUUCUUUAUUCGAGACUGGCGGUUACUUUAUAUCACCAUGGUUACACCUCUAUUCGUCAUGUUCAUCAUCUUAUAUUUCCUCCCAGAGUCACCUCGCUGGUUAUUAAGCCAAGGGGAGAAUGAGAAAGCGAAGAAGAUCAUCGAACACGCUGCCAAGGUUAACAAGGUUCAGCUUCCAGAAGGUUUCCUCGACGAACUUGACGAUGUCAAGCAAAACUUAAAGGCCGAGACAGAUGGCAAAGAACGGAAGCCGAAUUUCACAGAGAUAUUCCGCCAUCGUAGUCUGCGCAGACGCACAUUCAUCAUGAUGUAUGCAUGGUCAGUGUGUGCCGUUGUCUAUCACGGUUUAAAUCUGAGUACAUCCAACCUUGGUAUCAAUGUAUACCUUUCAUUCUUCGUGUCUGCCGCCAUUGAGAUCCCUGCAUACACCUUAUCCAUCUUCAUUGCGGAGCACCAUUGGUUCGGCAGGAAGAAAAGCACGGUCAUCACACUGUUGACUGGAGGGCUAGCAUGCCUUCUGACUAUCUUCAUACCGAGUGGUCCAUCCAGAGCUGGAGUUGCUUUUGUUGGGAAAUUUGGAAUCUCUUGUGCAUUCGCUCUUAUCUAUCUCUACACCAUAGAACUAUACCCAACCACAUUGAGGGCCGUUGGUUUGGGAAUGUGUUCAAUGACAGGACGCGUUGCUAACAUCUUAUCCCCUAUGGUGCUUUUAACAGCUGACUACUGGAUCCAUGCUCCGCUUCUCAUAUUCGGAACCUGUACAGUCCUAUCCAGCUUAUUAUGUAUCUUUCUACCCGAGACUAGGGGCAAAGAACUACCGGAGACCGUCCAAGAUGGCGAGAACUUUGGAAAGUUACCGUCAUCAGCUGAUUUACCGUACGCGGUUAACGGUGUUGAUAAAUCGGAUACAGAUGUUGCGAAUAGGAUUGGCGACAAAAGUGAAGUUGCAGUCUGAGUCAGCUAUAUAGCCGAAUAGUGGCGACGAUUGUGUAGAUCUGUUUCCAAUUAUCUGAAUAACUAGGAGAUUGCAAGUAGAUCCGGAAUCAUAUCGAAUGAGAAUGGAAUGAGAGUUUUAUAAAUCAAUCAUUUUUGUUGAUUGAUUUUUUGUAAUAUUUUACUUUAAAAGAUAUAUUCAUAAUAUAUGAAGAGUUUAGUUUCAAAAGGGCUUAGGUCCACUUUGGACCAUUCUGAGAAAAACCAUGUUUUUUAUUCUCACUUACUGCAAUAUUCUCAUGAGAAACUAAAUUGUCAUGAUGUACUACCCUAUCAUGUGAACAUAAAAUUUGGUAUAAAAGAAAUCUACCUGUCUUCAAUUUUUUUCUUUAAAUUCUGGACCUGAACCCUUUUGCAAGUAAACUGAAAUGAAUCCAAUCUAUUUUGAUUAAAAAAGUGAUUUUUCUUUGCCACUUUUAUUCACGUUUUCAUGUAAAUUUCAAAUUUUCUUUGUUUUCAUAAAAGCGACUAAAAAUUUAGAGGUUUUGAGACAGAAAACAAUAAAAUUUAUGAACAAUGGACCUAACCCCUUUUGACAAAUGAGCUCUUCAGAAGAGUUUGUUUGCAAAAGGAAAUUGCAUAUUCUUAUGCGAAACUAAAUUUUCAAGAUUCCCUACCAUGACAACAUAAAAUUGGGUAUAAAAGAAAUUUACUUUUAUUCAUAUUUUUUAAAAUAUUCUUUUCAAAAAAAAUUCGGUGUGGACCUAAUCCCUUAUGCAACUAAACUGAAAUGGACCUAACCCCUUUUGAAAAAAAAGUAAUUUUUCUUUGCCAUUUUUGAUCACUUUUGAAUAGGAAUUUCAACUUUUCUUUGGUAUCACCUUAUAGAGCUACAAAAAAUCUAUACAUUGCGACCAAAAAAUCAAAUUUGAUGAAAAAUGAACCUAACCCCUUUUGCAAGUGAGCUCGUCAUAUAUCGAAUAAUUUCGAAUGAUUUCCUAUCUAUGAAAUAUAGAUUGCAUGAUCAUAAAACCAAAUUUAUUGCAUUCAUUAAUACUUUACGGUAUCCUCCCGACAUGAAAGAAAUUAAAAAGUAUUCAAAGACAAACUGA